AUGGCGACCACUUACCCAUUUCCCGACAACGUCCAUGUCACCAGCUCCGUUACUCUCAAGCUGACUGACAACAAUUACCUUCUCUGGAAAACGCAGUUCGAAUCUCUCUUGUCAAGUCAGAAGCUUAUCGGCUUCGUCAAUGGUGCCGUCACUACACCAUCCCAGACUCGCCUUGUUGUUAACGGUGAAGUCACUACUGAAGUCCCAAAUCCGCUUCUUCAGACCUCUCGCGAGAUCUGGAUAUCUCUUGCCGAGAACUUCAACAAAAGCAGUGUUGCUCGUGAGUUCUCCCUCCGUCGCAGUCUUCAGCUUUUGUCCAAGAAAGAUAAGUCUCUUUCAACCUACUGUCGUGAGUUCAAGUCAAUCUGUGAUUCCCUGAGUUCGAUUGGAAAACCAAUAGACGAGUCUAUGAAGAUUUUUGGCUUUCUGAAUGGUUUAGGCCGUGAAUACGAUCCCAUUACCACCGUAAUACAGAGCUCCUUGAGUAAGCUUCCCCCACCAACCUUCAAUGAUGUCAUAGCUGAUGUUCAAGGGUUUGAUAGCAAGCUGCAGUUGUAUGAGGACACCAACUCUGUUACGCCACACAUGGCGUUCAUGACUGAGAAAACCAAUCCGUGUGCUCCUCAAUAUGAUCCAAAUCAGAGGGGUCGUGGACGCAACAGAGGCAGAGGUGGCUACACAUCACGUGGUCGAGGGUUUCCUCAACAUCAGACUACUUCACAGUUGCAAGGGCAAAGACCAGUUUGUCAGAUUUGUGGGAGAGUUGGUCACACAGCGAUCAAAUGCUACAACCGCUUUGACAACAACUAUCAGAGUGAGGUAUCUGCACAGGCCUUCUCCACACUCUGUGUGUCUGAUGAAAGAGAAUGGCACCCAGAUUCUGGUGCAACUGCUCAUGUCACAACAUCAACCUCUGGUCUUCAAGAUGCAAAGGUUUAUGAGGGGAAUGAUGCUGUCAUGGUUGGAGACGGAGCCUAUCUUCCAAUCACACAUAUAGGAUCUGCCACCAUUUCUACUCCCAAAGGUAACAUUCCCUUAAACGAAGUGCUAGUGUGUCCUGAAAUGCAUAAAUCUCUUCUGUCUGUGUCGAAACUAUGCGAUGAUUAUCCCUGUGGUGUGUUUUUGACUCUAAUAUGGUUUACAUCAUCGACUUAA